UCGGAAAGACACUUCAACAAGACCUGUGGGCUGUGCGGUGACUUUAACAUCUUCGCCGAAGAUGACUUCAGGACUCAAGAAGGGACCCUGACCUCGGACCCCUAUGCCUUUGCUAACUCCUGGGCCCUGAGCGGUGAGGAGCAGCGGUGCCCACGGGCGUCCCCUCCCAGCAGCUCCUGCAACGUCUCCUCAGAGCUGCAGAAGGGCCUGUGGGAGCAGUGCCAGCUUCUGAAGACGGCCUCCGUGUUCGCCCGCUGCCACGCCCUGGUGGACCCCGAGCCUUUCGUGGCCCUGUGUGAGCGGAUGCUGUGCGCAUGCGCCCAGGGGCUGCGGUGCCCCUGCCCUGUGCUCCUGGAGUACGCCCGCGCCUGCGCCCAGCAGGGGAUGCGGCUGGACGGCUGGGCCGACCACAGCUCCUGCCGACCGGACUGCCCCGCGGGCAUGGAGUACAAGGAAUGUGUGUCUCCAUGCCACAGGACCUGCCGGAGCCUGAGUAUCACCGAAGUGUGUCGGGAGCAGUGUGUGGAUGGCUGCAGCUGCCCUGAGGGACAGCUCCUGGAUGAAGGCCGCUGCGUGGAAAGUACGGAGUGCCCCUGUGUGCAUGCUGGAAAGACAUACCCUCCAGGCGCCUCCGUCUCACGAGACUGCAACACCUGCAUCUGCCGAAACAGCCAGUGGGUCUGCAGCAACGAGGACUGUCCAGGAGAGUGUCUUAUCACAGGACAAUCCCACUUCAAGAGCUUUGACGACAGGCACUUCACCUUCAGUGGGGUCUGCCAGUACCUGCUGGCCCAGGACUGCCAGGACCACUCCUUCUCUGUCGUCAUAGAGACUGUCCAGUGUGCCGACGACCCUGAUGCGGUCUGCACCCGCUCCGUCACCGUCCGCCUGCCCAGCCCGCACCACGGCCUCCUGAAGCUGAAACACGGGGGUGGCGUCGCCCUGGACGGCCAGGACGUCCAGAUUCCCCUCCUGCAAGGUGACCUCCGCAUCCAGCACACUGUGACUGCCUCUCUGCUUCUCAGCUUUGGGGAGGACCUGCAGAUAGACUGGGACGGCCGCGGGAGGCUGCUGCUGAAGCUGUCCCCGGUCUACGCGGGGAGGACGUGCGGGCUGUGCGGGAAUUACAACGGCAACCAGAGGGACGACUUCCUGACGCCCGCGGGCCUGGUCGAGCCCCUGGUGGAGCACUUCGGAAACUCCUGGAAGUUGCGCGCAGACUGCGAGGACUUGCAGGAGCAGCCCAGUGACCCCUGCAGCCUCAACCCGCGCCUGACCAAGUUCGCAGACCAGGCCUGCGCGAUCCUGACGUCCCCCAAGUUCGAGGCCUGCCACAGCGCCGUGGGCCCGCUGCCUUACCUGCGCAACUGCCGCUACGACGUGUGUGCCUGCUCGGACGGCAGAGACUGCCUGUGCGACGCGGUGGCCAGCUACGCAGCGGCCUGCGCCCGGAGGGGCGUGCACGUCGGGUGGCGGGAGCCCAGCUUCUGUGCACUGAGCUGCCCACACGGCCAGGUGUACCAGCAGUGUGGGACCCCCUGCAACCUCACCUGCCGCUCACUCUCCCACCCGGACGAGGAAUGCACCGAGGCCUGUCUGGAGGGCUGCUUCUGCCCACCAGGGCUCUUCCUGGAUGAGACAGGGUCCUGUGUGCCCAGGGCCCAGUGCCCCUGUUACUACGACGGUGAGAUCUUCCAACCCGAAGACAUCUUCUCGGACCAUCACACCAUGUGCUACUGCGAAGACGGCUUCAUGCACUGCUCCACGAGUGGAGCCCCGGGGAGCCUGCUGCCUGAAGCAGUCCUUAGCAGCCCCCUGUCCCACCGCAGCAAAAGGAGCCUGUCCUGCCGACCCCCCAUGGUCAAGCUGGUGUGCCCUGCUGACAAUCCGAGGGCCGAAGGGCUCGAAUGCACCAAGACCUGCCAGAACUAUGACCUGGAAUGUGUGAGCACGGGCUGCGUGUCCGGCUGCCUCUGCCCCCCGGGCAUGGUCCGGCAUGAGAACAGGUGUGUGGCCCUGGAAAGGUGCCCCUGCUUCCACCAGGGCAGAGAGUAUGCCCCCGGAGACAGAGUGAAGGUUGACUGCAAUAGCUGCGUCUGUCAAGACCGGAAGUGGAACUGUACGGACCACGUGUGUGACGCUAGGUGCUCCGCCCUGGGUCUGGCUCACUACUUUACCUUUGAUGGGCUCAAGUACCUGUUCCCGGGGGAGUGCCAGUACGUCCUGGUGCAGGACCACUGCGGUAGUAACCCUGGGACCUUCCGGGUCCUGGUGGGGAAUGAGGGGUGCAGCGUCCCCUCCCUGAAGUGCAGGAAGCGCAUCACCAUCCUGGUGGAAGGAGGAGAGAUCGAGCUGUUUGACGGGGAGGUGAACGUGAAGAAGCCCAUGAAGGAUGAGACGCACUUCGAGGUGGUGGAGUCCGGCCGGUACAUCACUGUGCUGCUGGGCAAGUCCCUCUCUGUGGUCUGGGACGGGCACCUGGCCGUCUCCGUGUUCCUGAAGCGGACGUACCAGGAGCGGGUGUGCGGCCUGUGUGGGAAUUUUGACGGCAUCCAGAACAACGACCUCACCAGCAGCAGCCUCCAAGUGGAGGAAGACCCCGUGGACUUUGGGAAUUCCUGGAAAGUGAGCCCGCGGUGCGCUGACACCCAGAAAGUGCCGCUGGACUCGGCCCCUGCCACCUGCCACGACAACGUCAUGAAGCAGACCAUGGUGGAUUCCUCCUGCAGGGUCCUCACCAGUGAUGUUUUCCGGGAGUGCAACAGGCUGGUGAACCCCGAGCCGUACCUGGAUGUUUGCAUCUACGACACCUGCUCCUGCGAGUCCAUCGGGGACUGCGCCUGCUUCUGCGACACCAUCGCCGCCUAUGCCCACGUGUGUGCCCAGCAUGGCGAGGUGGUGGCCUGGAGGACAGCCACACUGUGCCCCCAGAACUGUGAGGAGCGGAACCUGAAGGAGGGCGGGUACCAAUGCGAGUGGCGCUACAACAGCUGUGCUCCCGCCUGUCCCGUCACGUGCCAGCACCCGGAGCCCCUGGCCUGCCCCGUGCCGUGCGUGGAGGGCUGCCACGCACACUGCCCGCCCGGGAAAAUUCUGGACGAGCUUUUGCAGACCUGCGUUAACCCCGAGGACUGCCCUGUGUGUCAGGUGGAGGGCCGGCGCUUAGCCUCCGGGAAGAAAGUGACCCUGAACCCUGGGGACCCUGAGCAUUGCCAGAUCUGUCACUGUGAUGGUGUCAGCCUCUCUUGUGAAGCCUGCAGGGAGCCAGGAGGCCUGCCCGCGCCCCCCACCGAAGGCCCGGUCAGCCCCACAACCCCAUACGUGGAGGACACCCCGGAGCCGCCCCUACACGACUUUUUCUGCAGCAGACUCCUGGACCUCGUCUUCCUGCUGGACGGCUCCUCCAAGCUGUCCGAGGCCGACUUCGAGACGCUGAAGGCGUUCGUGGUGGGCAUGAUGGAGCGUCUGCACAUUUCCCAGAAGCGCAUCCGCGUGGCCGUGGUGGAGUACCACGAUGGCUCCCACGCCUACCUCGCGCUGCAGGACCGGAAACGGCCGUCUGAGCUGCGGCGCAUCGCCGGGCAGGUGAAGUACGCGGGUAGCGAGGUGGCUUCCACCAGUGAGGUCUUGAAGUACACGCUCUUCCAGAUCUUCGGCAGGAUUGACCGGCCCGAGGCCUCUCGCGUGGCCCUGCUACUUACGGCCAGCCAGGAGCCCCCCAGGCUGGCCCGGAACUUGGUCCGCUACGCCCAGGGCCUGAAGAAGAAAAAGGUUUCCGUGGUCCCCGUGGGCAUUGGGCCCCACGCCAGCCUCAAGCAGAUCCGCCUCAUCGAGAAGCAGGCGUCCGAGAACAAAGCCUUUGUGCUAAGCGGUGUGCACGAGCUGGAGCAGCGGAUGGACGAGAUCGUCGGCUACCUCUGCGACCUCGCCCCCGAGGUGCCUGCCCCGACCCCGACGCGACGUCCCCUCGCCGCACAGGUCACUGUGGCGCCUCUGCUCCUGGGUCCUUCGCCGUCGGGACCUAAGAGGAGCUCCGUGGUCCUGGAUGUGGCGUUCCUCCUGGAAGGCUCCGACGAGGUGGGCGAGGCCAACUUCAACAGGAGCGCGGAGAUGGUGAAGGAAGUGAUCCGGCGCAUGGACGUGGGCCGGGACGGCAUCCAUGUCACAGUGCUGCAGUACUCGUACGUGGUGAGCGUGGAGCACUCCUUCAGGGAGCCGCAGUCCAAGGAGGAGGUCCUGCGGCGGCUCCGUGAAGUCCGCUAUCGGGGUGGCAACCAGACGAACACGGGGCUGGCCCUGCAGUACCUGUCGGAGCACAGCUUCUCCGCCAACCAGGGGGACCGGGAGCAGGCGCCCAACUUGGUCUACAUGGUGACGGGCAGCCCGGCCUCGGACAAGAUCCGGCGGAUGCCCGGAGACAUCCAGCUGGUGCCCAUCGGCGUGGGCCCCCGCGUGGACGUGCAGGAGCUGGAGAGGGUCAGCUGGCCCCAGACCCCCAUCUUCAUCCAGGACUUCGAGAGGCUCCCCCGAGAAGCUCCGGAUCUGGUGCUGCAGCGGUGCUGCUCCGAAGACGGCCCUCACCUCCCCACCCUCAUCCCUGACCCAGACUGCAGCCAGCCCCUGGAUGUAGUCCUCCUCCUGGACGGCUCCUCCACCCCUCCAGCCUCUUACUUUGAUGAAAUGAAGAGUUUCGCCAAGGCUUUCAUCUCAAAAGCCAACCUAGGCCCUCAGCUCACCCAGGUGUCAGUCCUGCAAUACGGAAGCAUCACCAACAUCGACGUGUCCUGGAGCGUGCACAUGGACAAAGACCACCUGCUGAGGCUUGUGGACCCCAUGCAGCGCGAGGGAGGCCCCAGCCAAGUCGGGGAGGCGUUGUCCUUCGCGGUGCGCUACAUCACAUCCCAAGUCCAUGGUGCCAGGCCCGGGGCCUCCAAGGUGGUGGUGAUUCUGGUCACAGGCUCCUCCAUGGACUCAGUGGAGGCGGCUGCUGCUGCUGCCAGAUCCAACCGAGUGGCCGUAUUCCCCAUCGGGAUUGGGGACCAGUAUGAUGCAGCCCAGCUAAGGGUCUUGGCAGGCCCGGGGGCCAGCUCCAACGUGGCAGAGCUCCAGCGGAUUGAAGACCUCCCCAGCAUGGUUGCCCUUGGCAACUCCUUCUUCCAGAAGCUAUGCUCUGGGUUCGUCAGUGUUUGCGUGGAUGAGGAUGGGAAUGAGAGGAGGCCUGGGGACGUCUGGACCUUGCUGGAUCAGUGCCACACGGUGACUUGCCUGCCAGAUGGCCAGACCUUGCUGAAGAGUCACCGGGUCAACUGUGAUCAGGGGCCGCAGCCAUCAUGCCCCGACAGCCAGACCCCGAUCAGAAUGGAGGAAGCCUGUGGCUGCCGCUGGGCCUGUCCCUGUGUGUGCACAGGCAGCUCCACUCGGCACAUCGUGACCUUUGAUGGGCGGAAUUUCAAGCUGACUGGCAACUGCUCAUACGUUCUGUUUCACAACAAGGAGCAGGACUUGGAGGUGAUUCUCCAUAACGGAUUCUGCAGCACCGGGGCGAGGCAGGCCUGCAUGAAAUCUGUGGAAGUGAAGCAGAACGGCCUCUCGGUUGAGCUCCGCAGCAACAUGGAGGUGAUGGUGAAUGGGAGACUGGUCUCUGUCCCUUACCUGGGUGGGGACAUGGAGGUCAGAGUCUAUGGUACUAUCAUGUUCGAGGUCAGAUUCAAGCUUCUGGGCCACAUCCUUGCCUUCACCCCACAAAACAAUGAGUUCCAGCUGCAACUGAGCCCCAAGAUCGCUGCCUCAAAGACAUACGGUCUCUGUGGGUUCUGUGAUGAGAACGGGGCCAAUGACUUCAUGCUGAGGGAUGGCACGGUCACCGCGGACUGGAAGACACUGGUCCAGGAGUGGACAGUGCAGCAGCCAGGGCAGACGUGCCCGCUGGGCCCCGAGGAGCCAUGCCCCAUCUCCCAGGGCUCCCGCUGCCAGGUCCUCCUCUCUGAGCUAUUUGCCGAGUGCCACAAGGUCCUUGCUCCGGCCACAUUUCACGCCAUGUGCCUGCAGGACAGUUGCCACCAGGAGCAAGUGUGUGAAGCCAUUGCCUCUUAUGCCCACCUCUGCCGGACCAAGGGGGUGUGUGUCGACUGGAGGACCCCCAAUUUCUGUGCUGUGUCCUGCCCGCCCUCCCUGGUCUACAACCACUGUGAGAGUGGCUGCCCCCGGCAGUGUGAAGGCAACUCGAGCUCCUGCGCGGACCAUCCCUCGGAAGGCUGCUUCUGCCCCCCGCACCAAGUGAUGCUGGAAGGCAGCUGUGUCCCCGAGGAGGCCUGUACCCAGUGCGUUAGUGACAAUGGCAUCCGGCACCAGCUCCUGGAAACAUGGGUCCCAGACCAUCAGCCCUGCCAGAUCUGCACGUGCCUUAGCGGCCGGAGGGUCAACUGCACGACACAGCCCUGCCCCUCGGCUGGAGUGCCCACGUGUGGCCCAUGUGAGGUGGCCCGGCUCCGGCAGAGCACGCAGCAGUGCUGUCCCGAGUACGAGUGUGUUUGUGACCUGGUGAGCUGUGACCUGCCCCCGGUGCCUGACUGCGAAGAUGGCCUCCAGCCGAUGCUGUCCAAUCCCGGCGAGUGCAGACCCAACUUCACCUGUGCCUGCAGGAAGGAGGAAUGCCCGAAGGGGUCCCCACCCUCCUGCCCCCCGCAUCGGACGCCCGCCCUUCGGAAGACCCGGUGCUGUGAUGAGUACGAGUGCGCUUGCAGCUGUGCCAACUCCACGGCAAGCUGCCCGCUGGGGUACCUGGCCUCCACCGUCACCAACGACUGCGGCUGUACCACCACCACCUGCCUCCCCGACAAGGUGUGCGUCCACCGAGGCACCAUCUACCCCAUGGGCCAGUUCUGGGAGGAGGGCUGUGAUACCUGCACCUGCACGGAUCUGGAGGAUGCUGUGAUGGGCCUGCGUGUGGCCCAGUGCUCUCAGAAACCCUGCGCAGACAGCUGCCGGCCGGGCUUCACCUAUGUCCUCCGCGAGGGCGAGUGCUGCGGAAGGUGCCUGCCGUCGGCCUGCGAGGUGGUGACUGGCUCCCCUCGGGGGGACACCCAGUCCCAGUGGAAGAGUGUGGGCUCUCACUGGACCUCCCCCGAGAACCCCUGCCUCAUCCACGAGUGCGUCCGAGUCAAGGAGGAGGUCUUCGUGCAGCAGCGGAACGUCUCCUGCCCCCAGCUGGACGUCCCCAUCUGCCCCUUGGGCUUCCAGCUGCGCUGUCAGACCUUGGGCUGUUGUCCCACCUGUCGCUGCGAGCCCGUGCAGGCCUGCGUGCUCAACGGCACCAUCAUCGGGCCUGGGAAGACUGUGAUGGUUGACGCAUGCAUGACCUGCCGCUGCACAGUGCAGGCGGGGGUCAUCUCCGGAUUCAAGCUGGAGUGUAGGCAGACCACCUGCCAGGCCUGCCCUGUGGGUUACGUGGAAGAGAAGCUCCAGGGCGAAUGCUGCGGGAGAUGCCUGCCUACAGCGUGCACCAUUCAGCUGCGAGGAGGACAGAUCCUGAUGCUGAAGCGUGAUGAGACACUCCAGGAUGGCUGUGACAGCCACUUCUGCAAAGUCAACAAGAGAGGAGAGUUCAUCUGGGAGAAGAGGGUCACGGGCUGCCCGCCCUUCAACGAACACAAAUGUCUGGCUGAGGGGGGGAAAAUCGUGAAAAUUCCUGGCACGUGCUGUGACACAUGUGAGGAGCCCGAGUGCAAGGACGUCACGGCCAGGGUGCAGCACAUCAAGGUGGGAGACUGCACAUCUGAAGAGGAAGUGGACAUUCACUAUUGCCAGGGAAGAUGCACCAGCAAAGCCCUGUACUCCAUCGACACGGAGGAUGUGCCGGACCAGUGUUCCUGCUGCUCACCCACGCGCACGGAGCCCAUGCGAGUGCCCCUGCGCUGUACCAACGGCUCCGUCAUCUACCACGUGGUCCUCAACGCCCUGCAGUGCAAAUGCUCCCCCAGGAAAUGCAGCCCGUGACGUGCUGCCAGCCCUCCGCGGACACCCGCUGCCUCUCGCUAGGGUUGGCCACCCCUGCGCCGCGCGCAUGCGCACUCUGCUCCCGGACCUUCCCGGGCGCACAAUAAAGGCCAAUCUAUCUUCUCGUCAAA